AUGUUUACUCGAUAUUGGUGUAUAACAAUGUUUAUUGUUGGUUUUAUUGGACAUUCAUUAAAUCUAUAUGUAUUUACUCGUCGUACACUUCGUUUUAAUCCAUGUGUUCGAUAUCUUAUAGCAUCAUCUAUUGCCGGUUAUCUUAUCAUUUUUAUUAUUCUCCCACUACGUCUUUUACAAUUUGGUUACAAUAUAAGUUUAUUUGUUCCUUCAAUAAUAUUAUGUAAAUAUUUAACAUUUCUUUGUUCUUGGAUAAGAAUAUUACCUUGUUGGUUUAUAGCUCUAGCAUCCGUUGAUCGAUAUUUUUUUACUUCAUCAUCACGUAUUUUGAAUAGUUGGAGUUCAAUUCGAGCUUCGAAUUGUUUUAUUUUUUUAUCAAUUGUAUUUGUUGGUUUAACACAAACUCCAAUAUUAUUCUAUUUUACAAUUGAUCCUCAAAUAAGGAGAUGUCUUGGUCAACCAAAUUCAUUUCAAAAAUUCAAUGGAAUUCUUAUUAUGAUUGUAUGGAGUUUUAUUCCAUCAUUAGCAAUGCUUAUUUUCGGUUUUUUAACUAUUAAUAAUACACAAAAAUUAGCUCAAAACAUUACAGGUCAAAAUAUUACAAAACCAAAACGAAAACGAACUAAAUUUCUUGAUAGACAAUUAAUUCAAAUAACACUUAUUCAAUCAAUACUCUUCGGAUUAACAUCAGCUGCUGGUGCAAUCGGUGGAAUGCAUAAUGUUCUUAAUAAUAAUUUACGUAAAGAUCGAAUAGCAUUAGCUAGACAAAGUCGUACUGGAAAUAUUCUUUCUUUUAUUGGUCUUCUUAGUCCGUGUAUAAGUUUUUAUUUAUGUACAUUAUCAAGUCGAUUAUUCCGACGUAAACUUAUAAAAUUAUUUCAUGUUCGACAACAAAAUCAUGUGCAAUCAGUUACAAAUGGAUUACAUAUGAGUUUAAGAACUAGAUAA